AUGCCCACCGAACGGGAUCCCCCACAUCAUCCACAUUGGUCGCACCUCACUCCUCGUUUUCUACGCCCCACGUUUAUCUCGAAUCCCAAUAUCCCCAACCCGGCUCAACUCUUCACUGUCACUGUUUGCAUACAUUCUAUAGGUAAAUCAAGAGAUUUCAGAAAUCGGGUUUGUUCGAGGUGUGGUUCUGGUGAUGAUGUCUGUUCUCCAAAGGUGAAAUCAUUGGAAACUUCACCAAAUGCAGAUUGCUUGUUGUUAAGCAAAAAUGUCAAUGCAGAAGAGAGAGAUCAUGUCGAUAUUAACGACGGUCAUGGUGAUAGCGAUGGUGAUGAUGAAAGUGUUGGUUACGGCGACGAUGGGGAAUUUGAUGUGUUUGCAUUGAGAAAAAUGGUGAAGGUUGAGCGGCGAAGGAGGAAUGAGGCUCGCGUAGAGCUCGAGAAGGAAAGGAUGGCUGCUGCAUCUGCAGCCGAGGAAGCUAUGGCCAUGAUCCUGCGUCUUCAAAACGAGAAAAGCUGUACUGAAAUCCAAGCCAAGCAGUACCGUCAAAUGGCGGAGCAGAAGCAGCAGUAUGAUGAAGUGAUGUUCCGAUCGAUGCAGUGGAUUAUAAUGAAACACGAAUCGGAGAGGAGUCUACUGGAGGAGCAACUGAGGCUGUACAGGCAAAAGUUGCAGCAAUGUCUUAAGGGUGAUGAAACGGCGGCACAAUCCCAAGAAGCUGAUCCGAGUUCCAAUCUAAUCGAGAAUUGCAUGGAUGAUGGGCUUGACGUAGAUCCGUGGGAGCCGGUGCGACCGCACUUAUGAACCACAUUUUGGAUCACUGCAUCAAUAACCUUAUAUGUGGAAAAUGCCGUAGAUGGCCGAGAUGAUGUGCUUCAUGCGAAUCAGUGAAUAUAAAUAGAUAAAUAUUGUUUAUGAAGUAGAUCGUAAAUGAGGUACAAAUAAUUCUGCUCUUUUCUGAAACGCAUAUUGAGUAAUUUCAUUUACAAAACAUAUUUUUCUUUGUCUUUCUGUUGAAUAAAAUAGGGGGCAUUUGUAUAUAUGAACACAAACGUGACCUUCUCUUUUAUCCAUGUAAUCUUGUAAAUUAAGUAAAUAAGGUGCUACGUGCACUCUUUGUCAUGAUUAUUUGGUAAUUGGUGUUUA